AAGGGUCCUUUUGUCCCGGCCGGAGCGCGCGAAGCCUCAUUCAUCGUUACGACUUCGGCAAGACAACAUCAUAUUUCUGUCGUCCUGGCUGAAGAUUAUACAACGACCAAGCAUCAUGGCACCUACUGCGACUUUUGGACGAGAUUCUGAGGAAAAGACGAAGCUGCCAGCGGACCGUAGUGGCAUCGAUGGCGAAUGCGAGACCCCGUCUGUGUCUUCAGACGGAGAGGACCGUGGGACGUGGGGGAACCACAUGGAGUUCUUCCUGUCCUGCCUCGGCUUCGCGGUCGGACUCGGGAACGUCUGGCGCUUCCCCUACCUGUGCUACAGAAACGGAGGAGGUGCAUUCCUGAUUCCGUACGUGUUUUUCCUGGUGUUUGCGGGAAUCCCAAUGUUUUUCCUGGAGCUGUCCUUCGGGCAGUUUGCCGGCACCGGACCCAUCACCAUCUGGAGGGUCGCUCCCUUGUUCAAGGGUGUUGGCUUUGCCAUGGUGAUGAUUUCGUUCCUGGUGUGUAUCUACUACAACGUGAUCAUCUCCUACAUCCUGCACUACCUGUUCGCCUCCUUCACCAGUGUGCUUCCCUGGGUCUCCUGUACCAACGACUACAACACCGGGGACUGCGUUGAGGGCGGUCAUGUGAAGAUGGCGUUCGAGAUCUACAAGUGCAGCCGCAUCGGCGGUGACUACUCCAACGGGACGUGUUUCAACGCCACCAUGAACGCUACGGCCGCCAUGAUGAACGAGACCCUGCAGAACACCAACUUCACCCGCGUUUCCCCCACCGAGGAGUACUGGAAGCACUUUGUUCUGCAGAUCUCAGACGGCAUAGAUGACAUGGGCGGGAUCAGCUGGUCCCUGACCUUGUGUAACCUCCUGGGCUGGAUUGUCGUCUUCUUCUCAUUGGUCAAGGGAGUCAAGUCCUCCGGCAAGGUUGUGUACUUCACCGCUACGUUCCCCUACAUCGUCCUGUUCAUCCUGUUGAUUCGCGGGCUGACCCUGGAGGGCGCCAUGGACGGAAUCUUCUUCUACAUCAAGCCUGACUGGAGCCGCCUGUCCCACCCCAAGGUGUGGAUGGACGCCGCUGUGCAGAUCUUCUACUCCCUGGGCGCAGCCUGGGGCUCUCUCAUUACCAUGUCCAGCUACAACCGCUUCAACAACAACUGCUACCGCGAUGCUCUGAUCAUCUCUGUGAGCAACUGUGCCACCAGCGUGUUUGCCGGUUUUGUCAUCUUCUCUGUCAUUGGCUUCAUGGCCCACGAGAUCGGUGUGCCAGUUGGAGACGUUAUUGACCAAGGUCCAGGGUUGGCGUUUGUAGCCUACCCCGAGGCAGUGUCCCUGCUCCCCAUCUCCCCUCUCUGGGCCAUCCUCUUCUUCUUCAUGUUGUUCACUCUCGGGCUGGACAGUCAGUUUGGAAUGUUGGAGGCUGUGCUUAGCGGGCUGAUUGACGAGUUCCCGACCAUCCUGCGACCAAACAAGACGUGGUUCACCCUGGCCAUCUGUGUGCUGCAGUUCCUCCUGGCUCUUCCCAUGGUCUCACAGGGUGGGAUCUACCUGCUGACAAUGGUUGACUGGUACAGCGCUGGUGUUUCCCUCAUGAUUGUGGCUGUCACCGAGUGCCUUGUGCUGGCCUGGCUGUACGGUUGUGACCGGUUCUUUGACAACAUCAAGAUGAUGCUUGGCUCCUACCCCAGCAUUUGGUGGAAAAUCUGCUGGAAGGUCAUCACUCCUGUUGUUCUUCUGGGCAUCCUGCUGUUCACCAUGGUGAACCACACCCCGGUGACGUACGGGAAGUAUGAGUACCCUGACUGGGCCGACAGUCUGGGCUGGCUCAUGGCCAUGGCCUCUGUCGUCAACAUCCCACUCUUCGCCAUCAUCGCACUCGUGCAGGCCAAGGGAACCUUCAUGGAGCGGCUACGCUCAGUCACCCAGCCCACCUCAGAAUGGGGCCCGGCUCUGAACCGAGACCGCGAUCUGGACCUGAGUGAACCCGAGUUGAACGAGAAGGGCGUUCCAGUUGUCGAUAUCGUCCCAACGGACGAGGAAAAGGUGGACCUUUCCAAGUCAAUGGAGCGGAUCAGUACUGUUUAAGUUGUGUGCUACUACUUGGCAUAGUUCUCACUAGGCUAUUUGAGCAUAGGGGCCCCCUACGCUGUGAUUUGGACCAGCGUAGGGAUGUUUUUUUGGGGGGAGGACCUUCAUUAAUCUUUUAAAAAAGGAAAUAUAACUUUGGAAUCAAGCUAUAACAGAGGGAAAACUUUACAAAAUCUAUCCCUCAUUAAGUAAGAAAUAGUGUCUCAGGGGGUUAUGAGUCUCAACAUUUCUGGGAGAAAACCAGACACCCUGCUUUGGUCAUGUUUUGGGGAUUCAAAAGCGCGACUUUCUGUACCUGACCCCUACGCUGUGAAAAAUCCUGGUGAGAACCCUGCUUGGUAUAAUAUGUAUAAUUGCCCAUAGUUUUGCCAAAUGAGAGUGAGGGUGGUGUAUUAGAUUUAUAUUGUUGUUGAACUCUCAAGGAAAUAUCUUAAAUCUUCUUUACCAUCCUAUAACUAAGCCAAAGGCAGCUGUGUUAAUAUAUCCUUAGGAAUAAAUAUAUGGUUGUUGUAUGUAUGUAUAUUUUGCCAUACAACACAAAGAUUGUUUUCCCGGAUUCACUCUUGUGUAAGGACAUGUUUGUUCACUUGCUACUGUUCAUUUGUAUAUAGUGCAAUACUUUUAGUUGCCAAAAGGUCUUGUGACAACCAACCACAUUUCAGGUUUACUUAAGAGAAAUGGCACCCAGUAGACUAAGUAUACAUGUUUGUCUGUUUGAAGAAUUACAUGUACAUGUAGAUAAGUAGUACAUGUGUUUUAGUCAUUUUGAACAACAUUUCACUGCAUUUGUUUCUCACAAGGAAGAAAAUAUAGAUGUCUUGCGACAUGUACAUCCAUUUGUAGACUUUUGUACCCACGUGCUUGUAAAAGAAUUUGGGCAUGAUAUAAAAUGCCAGAAGAGAGGCCUUCAAAGAGCUAUGGAAACACUUGAGUACUGGCUGCUGUAUUGGCUAUCACUGAUACUAAGCUUCAUCCAUAAAUUCUGAUAAGAAUUUGGACAAAUUUUAGACUGAUUUCGAUCAUGUGUGACUAUAUUGUCAGUAGUCACGUGGUAAUCAUUUCCAGUGAAAUAUCUUGCGUAAAAAAAACUAAUAGCAAUGCAAUGCAAAUACAAUUGAUAACGUAAAAGAAGGAGUUAAAAAGUGGCCAAAGAUUUCGUUAAAUUUUAUCUUUUCUUCUGCUAUGCUUUUGCUUUAUGCCAAAAAGAAUAUGCCAAAAACUCAAUUUGGUCCAUUUGUACAAAGUUUGUUGCAUGUAUACAUAAAGCAGUAGCAUUGUAUUUUUCACUGGUGAUUUUUGUACAGCCUUAUUUAAUACUUCAUUGCAAUUGUUUAGGGCAGCAUUUGAAAAGAGUUAGUUGAUUGUCACAAAAUAUUGUUCUCAAUCAAAUUGAGUUAGAAAUAAGCAUAAGAUCUUGAAUGGAAGAUAGCAAAUUGUUGUCUUAUACAAAUGCUGCUGUGCAGGUAUUUUUAUACUUAUUAGGAAUGGUGUAAGGGAGCACAAGUUACGUAGUUGGUUAGAUUAAGAGUAUACUGUAAGCCAGGUUAACUUUCUUUGCAAUAUUGCAGUUCUUUCUUACAGUUGUGUAUAUUAGUUUACAUUCCACCUCUGAAAUGUAAUCUUGCAAAGGAAUAUGUCGUAUGUAUCACUAUAGCUUUCAGUAAGCUGGGUCACAGUUUUAAAAAUGCGCAUGCGCAUUGUGAUGCAUUGUGCGUAAAAACUGUGAACCAGCUUGCGUUUUGAAUGGUUUAACAUAUUUAUUGAGGACAUGGUCUUCACAUCUUUAUUAGUGUAUCGUUCUUAUUAUAAGUUUUCAACUUUUUGUUUACUUAAAUGUAUAGUUACUGCAGAUAUGGCGAACAUAAGACAAUCCUACAAAUGGUGAUCAACAAUAUAUUGGAUCAUGUAAAGAGCUUACAGUCACAUUAAGCAGCACUUUUAGACCACACUGUAUAUGACUUGUUCAUCGGAUACUCUUGUUGCCAAAGAAAGAAAGAUCUAAAUUCUAACAUCUAAAUUGCCCAGGAAUUGGAACUUGAACUUUUUGAAAAGCUUUUGCAACUUUUAUCUGGCAACAAAUAGUUUCUUUUAACAAGCCAAUAGAUUUGUGUGGCCUUCAAUACUCUACAACAGUUUUGUCCCGUACUAACCAACAUUAGAUACUGUAGUACAAAUCGUUGCCUUCAAAUUAGCCUUACCAUAUACUGAGAAGUGUGUAAUGUUGGAAAGCUCUUUUGAAUAUGGUGACUAAAAACAACCACAUUGGUUAAAUCUGGUGUCUCUAGUGUGUACAAUGUACAUAGUUUAGCUGCCUUGCUGGAAUCUGCUGUUGAAGCUUGUGGGGACCAAGUAGUUUUGGUGUUUCAUGUCAGAAUUGCUUAAAAUCUUGCCAGUGGACAGCUCUGCAGUAACUGAAUAAACCAUUGUUUACCAAUGGAAAU